UACGUUUCACGAGUCAUGAGUCAUGAACUUGACUUAAUAAGAUACAUUUUAGUUUCACUCUUCAAACAGAGAGAGCAUUUGUCGUGAGACUGACAGGUGGAUAAACCCCCAGACUUCCAAGAAGACAUUCCUGAGACGGUCGCGCAAUCAUGGGUGAAUGGGGCUUCCUCGGUACGGUCUUUGAAAGCCUCCAGGCUCACUCGCCGAUGCUUGGUCGUUUCUGGCUCCUGCUCAUGCUUGUCUUUAGGAUACUGAUCCUGGGUACCGUGGCCAGUGACCUGUUUGAGGAUGAGCAAGAAGAGUUUGCCUGCAACACGCUCCAGCCGGGCUGCAAACAGGUGUGCUACGACAUGGCCUUCCCGAUCUCCCAGUACCGAUUCUGGGUGUUUCACAUCGUCCUCAUCGCAACACCUUCCAUGCUUUUCCUCAUGUAUGCCAUGCACCACAACAACAAGAGGAACAACCGCCCCAAAAACAGCCAACUUAGCAGCCAGGACUACAGAGAGACCCUUAAUUUAAGGAGGCUGUACAUUAUCAACGUGGCCUUCCGUAUAGUUGCAGAAAUUGGCUUUCUAGUGGGCCAGUGGUUGCUGUACGGCUUCAAGGUGGAGGCCCAGUUCCCUUGUAGCCGCUUUCCUUGCCCUUACACAGUGGACUGCUUCACCUCACGUCCUGCAGAGAAAACAGUCUUUCUCUACUUCUACUUCGGUGUAGGGGUUUUGGCGGCGUUCUCCAGCUGCGCAGAGCUUUUCUACGGCUCCGCAAAGUGGUUUUGUUGUGGCAAGGACCGCUACAUACCGGAGCGCUCCUGUGUCUGCCAGAACCUCCACAACUUCAAGCAUGAAGAGGCAGAGGGAGAGGAGAAACAGCAAGGAAAGACAGGGUCAGAGAGUGCACCCAGCAGUGUGAGACUGAAGGGAGGAUCGCUGAGGAACAGCACCGGUAGGAAGGUCUCCAGCAUUGGUGGGAAGUACAGGAACGGCAAAUAUGUGAGCAGCAGGACACUCAUGGUGUGAGAUGUCCAAAGAUGCUGUAACUGCUUAUUUUUAUUUAAAUGUUGUAGCUAUAUUUCUAAUACCCGUAUGCCAUUUCACAUAAAAUAUUUCACUGUUAAUGAGUGAAGGUUUUUUUUAUGAUGGGAGACAUCGUAAGAAAAUGCUUGGGAGACUAUGACAAGAUCAGGAAAUGAGUAAAGUCCAGAAAAGACUGAUGACUUUGAUAAGUUGGAGUUAUGUAAGACAUUGUUGACUGGUUGUUCCAAUCAAUCAUUACAGACUAUAAACAGUUUAUGAGGAAAAACCUUUUGAUUAAACUGAUAAACUUGUUUAUCACUGAUUGCUUCCCUUAUAAAAAAAAAAAGACUGAUUGUACACUGCUGUAACGCCCUUUUCUUAGGGGCAAAACCCACCCUAAAACAGCAUUAAGUGUACAUUGGGGUAUUCCAGUUUGUUCUGAACAGUGAAGUCAAAAUCUAUAAAUGUAGACAACCGUCUUUUAGUUCUGUUUUAGUCUAUAUGCUUCUUUAAAAGGAAUAGUUCCACAUUUUCUGGAACUAAGCUUAUUUGCUUUCUUGCUGACAGAUAGUUGAGAAGACUGAGACUCAUGUCUGUAGAAAGAUCUUCUCAUCUAAUUCUCAGCAAGAAAGCAAAGAAGUGUAUUUCCCAAAACUACUGCAAGUGUGGUCAGUUGGUUUGACAGUUAUAGUGACAAGAAAAUAGAGGAGAUUCAUUUUCACACUGAUUUGUCAAGGUCCUUGGUUCAUUUAAUAAUGACAAACAUGUUUAUCGGGGUUGUACGGUUGUCUUGUUUAAGAUUUUUGGUACCGCUAACAAGACAAGUUUUAUGAAGGGUUUAUAAGUUGUAACUAAUGGCUUUUUGAAUGGUUCAUAAAUCAUUUUGCUUUAUACAACAGUUAUAAGAGCAACUUUUGCUUUGCCAGAUUGUGAAAAAUCCCUUCAAAAUAUGACCACUUGUCUUCUGGAAAAGAGCUGAAUUUAACUGUGUAAUUAAUAGAAAUGACAAACACCAAAUAAAUGUUUCACAAUUUGGAAACACAGAAGUUUCUCCUAUGAAUAGUUAACUAGGAAUCUUUUUUUUUUUUUUAAACUGUCAAUCCUACAACCUUACAACAUACGUCGAUGUACAUAUUCAUUUCACCGAGUAACAUCCAUUACAUUGUGCCCAUGAUCAGUUGGGGUAAAUUGCUGAUUUUAUUAAUUCAUGUUUUUAUUUUUUAAUAAAUUAUAACUCUGACUUGAAAGUGGCUGUGAGAGAGCCAACAGAGACUGAACUGCAUUUUACAGUUGUAGAACAAGAACUGUCAGGUUACGUAUGCUACAUCUGGUUAUCACAUGGUCAUGCAUGAAUGAAAAACUGCGUACUUCAAGACCUUUUGUGAGAUCAACAAUGUUUCAUCCUGUUUUUUUCUUGAAUGUUACAGAUGUGAAAAAACCUUCCAUCAUAUUUGAAGACUGACAUGACUGAUUUAUUUUUAUUUGUACUGGCACUUC